AAGAGACUCAGUUGAGCAGUUUUGGCUUGGAGACGAAGAGAACAGCCCGGUCAAAAUUUAAUCAAAAACUUUUAUAUUUCUUUCUCUCAUCAAAUUCGUACUCCAUCUCUCUCUCUCUCUCUUCUCUGAAACCCUAAUCUCCAUGGGAGAUUCCAUGCCUCCGCAUCGCAUCUCCGUCCAUCAAGCUCUCGGCGGCGGCGCCGUUGCUGAUGUGUUGCUGUGGAGGCAAUGGGGUGGAGGAGUCGUGGUGCUGACGUCUGCAACAGCGUCGUGGAUCCUGUUCGAGCGAGCCGGCUACAAUCUCUUGUCAUUUGUGGCCAAUGUUCUACUGCUUCUUGUGGUUAUUCUCUUCUUCUGGGCCAAAUCUGCUUCACUUCUCAACAGACCUUUGCCUCCUCUUCCUGAUAUGGAAAUAUCUGAGGCGUCUGUCCUCAAGGUUGCUGAUGCACUGCAUGUUUGGAUUAAUCGUGGACUGUCUGUUGCUCGAGACAUUGCUAUUGGCAGGAAUUUGAAGCUCUUUCUUCAGGUUUCUGUUUUGUUGUGGAUAGUAUCUUACAUCGGAAGUCUCUUCAACUUCCUCACUCUUGCCUAUGUUGGGAUUCUACUCAGUCUUUCAGUGCCCGUGUUGUAUGAUAAGUUUCAGCACCACAUUGAUGAUAAGCUGUCUGUAGCACAUAGAUCAAUAGAAACACAGUACAGGAAACUUGAUGAGAGCAUCCUAAAGAAGUUACCAAUGCAAUCAAACAAGCAGAAGAAGUUGCAGUAGGGUAUCAUGGAGUUCAGAGAAGUGUGAUUAUAGCAUUAGAGAUGGUAUUGAGAGGUUUUCAACAUGAGGGUUUCUUUUGGUUGGCAUGCUGUUGCUGUACAUAUUGGCAGCCAUACGGCAUGGCUGACAGCAUAUGAAUGGAUCCCAUUAGCUUCUACGUUUGAGUUUCGGCGUUGCAUUGUUCUGACUGUGAUCUUAUAAUCUUGUUAAAAAUUUUGGUCAGUAGUUAUUGAAUUGGAUCCUGGCGAUGUGCUUUUACAAGAUGGGUUGAAAGAGUAGGAAACUUUUAUCAUUUUUAAUGAAAUAUAGAAAUGUACCUUUUUCUAUACUUCAAUUU